CAUCUUGAGUAUCAUAGCCCGAAUCUAUGACCCGUUAGGGCUCCUUGCCCCCAUAACCGUUAAGGGAAAAAUGCUUUUGCAAAAUUUAUGGAAGGAUCAAAGCGAUUGGGACUCUGAGAUGAAAGGAGACAACUUACGAGAUUGGAUGAAGUUCCUGGAGGCAAUUCACACAAUUCCCCAGAUCAAAAUCCCCCGAUGGACAUCUUCAUUCGCAGAACCUCUCGAAGAACAACUUCAUAUGUUCUCAGAUGCCUCCAACUUAGCUUAUGGUGCCGCCAUCUAUCGAGUCACCAUAGAUGCAAGCGGAAAAAUUGUCAGUCAUUUGUUAACCGCAAAAUCUAAAGUGACACCCGUGAAAAAGAAAACAAUCCCCAAACUUGAGCUCACCGCCGCAACUCUGGGAGCACAAUUAGUGGAAAAAGUUUCUAAAUCCCUCGGGAUUACCAAAGUGUAUUGUUGGGUGGACGCAAAAGUUGUGUUGGCGCAAAUUGCAUCUGCAUCAAACAAGCAAGAUAUCUUCACCAAAAAUCGCCGGACCUGAUCUCCAGAGGAACCACUGCCAUGGAGUUAGCAGCCUCUUCUCUGUAUUGGCAUGGCCCACAGUGGCUAACAGAGGGAGAAUCAGCGUGGCCCAAUGCAGAAAGUUUCCCGGAAACGGAUGAGCAAUCAGAACCUGCCGCCGCGGUACUCAAAAUCAAUCAGCAAGAGGGCAAUUACAUCUUCAAGACGCUCACGAGAGACAUCAGCAGCUUCUUCCGCAUGAAGAGAGUGCUACUAUGUGUGUGCAAAUUCAUCCAGAUCCUUCAGUACAAGGCACUGUCGAGAAAGGGAACCCCAUGUGUCAUGCCAAAUCAACCCAAUAAGUUCUCGACAAAGGAAUUAUUGUGGGCGGAAAAUCAGCUGAUCAAGUGGGAUCAAUCAAAUCACUUCCUUGAGGACAUUCAGGAUCUCAUGAACAACCGGAAUGCACCCAUCAAGAGCACAUCUCUGCGAAAACUGCACCCAUUCGUCGAUGAUGAGGGAAUUUUACGUGUCGGCGGACGGCUUGGCCAUCUGGACGAUGACUACAGCACCAAAUACCCGAAAAUUCUCCCCAAUGACACAUUGGCAAAGUUGAUGAUCCGGGAAAUGCACAUCAGAAUGAUGCACGCAGGAACACAGCUACUAUUGGCCCAUUGUCGCAGGCAUUAUUGGCCAAUAGGAGGACGACGUACCGUCAAAGGUGUGAUUCAUCUCUGCAAGGUAUGCUUUGUGCAUCGAACAUCCCGUGAGAGUCAAAUUAUGGGCGAUUUACCCAAACAUCGCAUUUCAUUGAUCAAGGCAUUCAAUAGUGUGGCCAUCGAUUGCUGCGGACCCUUUUUCAUCCGUACAGGCGCAGAAUCUCGUGGCAGAACACAGAGAGUGGAUGUUGUCAUCUUUGUGUGUACUUCCACCAAAGCUGUACACAUCGAAAUCGUCAGCAGACUGACAACUGAGGCAUUUUUGGCCAGUUUUGCGCGAUUCACUGAUCGACGAGGAGUUCCCAAAGACGUCUACUCAGACAACGGCCGUAACUUCCUCGGCGCUGCGCGUGAAUUACAACGUUUACUGGUACAGGAAGCGCAAGAACUUCAGGAUCAAACAAGUGAGAUGAGAAUCAAUUGGCACUUUCAACCUGCACAAUCUCCACACUUCAACGGAUUGGCAGAAUCUGCAGUGAAGUCAGCAAAGACACAUCUGAAGAGAGUGAUUGGAGAACACAGGCUGAACUACGAGGAAUUCUACACAAUUCUGACUCGAGUGGAAGCAGUGUUGAAUAGUAGACCGAUUACCAUCCUUUCUGAUGAUCCUCGAGAUCCCCAACCGCUCACUCCAGGGCAUUUUUUGACUUUUGGCCCACCAACUCAGCUACCAGAUGAUGAUUUAUCUCACGAGAACGUCAACCAUCUUCAGCGCUGGGAUUUGUGUCAGAAGAUCCAUCAGGAAUUUGCCAGGAAGUGGAAGAUCUCGUAUCUUACCACCCUUCAGGAGAGAGCAAAGUGGCAGACAGAGAGAGAGAAUCUGAAGAUCGACGACAUCGUGAUUCUUCAUGACCCUUCCGUGAGUCGCAAUCACAAAUGGAGCACCGGACGAGUCAUUGGAGUUCACCGUGGAGUAGAUGGGAAGGUGAGAGUUAUUGAUAUUAGAACCCCUACGGGCACAUAUUCACGGUCAGUAGUAAAGGUCUCGAAAUAUCCGAUGUGUGAGAGUCACAUCUCCCCCCCCGAGCAUGUUGAGAAUUAGAAUGAAUUUCAGUUGAAUUUGAACAUUGAAUUAUGGCAAGUCGGCGAAAUCUAUAUAGCCCGAGAUUGAGCCGAGCUCCGUGUAGAAAAUUGAAGUAUAAAAUUAUCAAGGGCACCUUUGGUAUCACCGCUAUCUUUGUGAGUCGUGGG